GCAUGGAUUACUUUUUCAAAAUAACUCCUUCAAAUAUCAUGAUGGAGAGAUUUUAGGACAAAUUAUGUAGGUAGUUUAUUAGUUGCAAAACUAUACAGCUAUUACAAUUUUUGAACUUUUAUAGGAGCAAAAGUAUGUUCAUGGCCAUCCAAACUGUUUCCUUAUGUCCUAUUUUUUUUCUGUUCUAUGGACAGGGGAUGGUACUAAAACUACUCCUUGAUGCUAGAGAGACUCCAGAAGGCUAGACUCUGGAAAUUCAACUUCCUUAUUCUCUGGCUUAUGCUUCUCUGUGACAAGAUGCAGGUAACCUCGAAAGGUGCCAGCUUAAAUCCUAAUGCAAAGGUAUGGCAAGAAAGCAUGCAGGGAAACCCAGAAGCUGCAGCAGUAACUAAUGGCACUGAGCAAUCAUGGCAAGAGGCAGCAGCUGUGCAGGGUAAUUGUACAGAAGGCAAUACUGAGGCUGCAGAGGAUUGUACUAAACAAUAUGAAGCAAUGUAUUCAUCUUGUGAAUUGUCAAGAAACAGUUCAUGUGCUGAGGAAUCAGCUGCUAAUGGUCUGGUCUUAGCACAUGAGGAACUUGGAUAUCCACUCUAUGAUGUUUCGGGUGAAGGCAACCCUGUCAUUUCUACAGAAGAUUUAAAAGAAUGCUUGAAGAAACAAUUAGAGUUCUGUUUCUCACGUGAGAAUCUAUCCAAGGAUCUUUACUUGAUGUCUCAGAUGGAUAGUGAUCAAUUUAUUCCAAUAUGGACUAUUGCCAAUAUGGAAGGAAUUAAGAAACUGACAACCAAUAUGGAUCUUAUUGUGGAAGUACUAAGAGCUUCUCCUAUAGUCCAAGUGGAUGAGCAAGGAGAGAAAGUUAGACCAAAUCAUAAGCGUUGCAUUAUUAUCCUUCGUGAGAUCCCUGAAACCACACCAGUAGAGGAGGUAAAAGCACUGUUUAAGAAUGAAAGCUGCCCCAAAGUUAUAAGUUGUGAAUUUGCUCACAAUAACAACUGGUACAUUACAUUCCAGUCAGAUACUGACGCGCAGCAGGCUUUUAAAUAUUUACGGGAAGAAGUUAAAACCUUUCAGGGCAAGCCAAUAAUGGCGAGGAUAAAAGCCAUCAACACGUUUUUUGCAAAGAAUGGUUACCGGGUAGUGGAUUCCAGCGUUUAUGUUCAACCUGUUCAGACACAAGCACAGUUUGCCUCACCACUGUUCAUGCAGCCUAUAUACAGUCCUCAGCAGUACUCCAUCUAUAGUAUUGUGCCUCAGACAUGGUCUCCAAACCCUGCACCUUAUUUUGAAACACCAUUGGCUCCGUUUCCGAAUGGUGGAUUUCUGAAUGGCUUCAGUUCUCCAGGUUCAUACAAGACAAAUACUGCAGCAUUGAGUAUAGGUCGCCCAUUCCAUAGAAAUCGUGUGAAGACUCAUUUCCGGUUGUCAAAUAGUUCAGAACACUCAUCAGAAGGACCCGCCACACUCAGUGCUGUUUCAGUAGGUGAUGGACACUUGCAUAGAACCACUUUACGAAAUUUUCAGCCAGAGCGGCAAGCAAGUACACUAUCAGGACAUCAAGAGCCCAGCUACACACAGAAGGAGUCUCAAAUUACUCAUGUAGAACAAAAUGGUGAUUAUGGCAUGGGAAGAGGCAGAAGAAACAUUUUCAGAGGUCGGAGGAGACGGGACGAUGAAAGGCUAUCACGCCCUCAGGCUUCAGUUGAAACCAAGACUUUGACGCCAAAGUUUGACUUGCUAGCCUCAAACUUCCCUCCGUUGCCGGGCAGCAUAAUUAAAACACAAGGAGAUCCUGUUCUGGAGAAUAGGAUGUCAGAUAUAGUUAAAGGAAUAAGCAAAGAAAAGGAAAACAAAGAUGUGACAGUUAGUUGUCUAACAUCCACUCAGGAAGAGCAGGGCCAAAGUGUUGUUCAGUCUGUCACGAAUGCCAGUUCUCCCUAUGGGAUUGAUCUUCCUGGAUUAAGUGCCACUCAGCAAGAGAAGAAACUAGAAGAGGUUCAUGUGCACAAGGAGGCUGCAAGUCAGACUUCUCCACCUUCCUCUGUAUGCCCCCCCAGUACUGUAAAACCACCAAGGACAAAUACCACUUCAUCCACAACCAAUGCAAACACAAUGCCUGUCGUAAUGAUACAGGAACCCCGGAAGCUCAGUUAUGCUGAGGUCUGUCAGAAACCUCCAAAAGAAGUACCGUCUCUUCCUGCUCAGCCACUUAGGGAGCUGCGUUCUAAUGUAACCUCUCCUGCCAAAACAGAAGAAAAUGGCACCCAUGAGAAGGCUGGAGAGAAGGCACAUGAAAAGUCUGAAGGACGGAUGAAUGACUUGGCUGUUUUCAGAGGCAAUGGGCCUCCCAAAGGAGCUGCAGGAAAAAUCAGGGAACAGAGGCGCCAAUGUGGACGUAGGUCUUCUCCUCAGGGAGCGCCUCGGCGAGUUGGCAAGGAACAGUAUAUGCCACCGCGAUCACCAAAGGAAAAUUGAUCAAACUUUUUAUUUAAUCAGAACUGUGAACUAAAGAGCAGUAGAGGAGAAACUGGCCAGCUCAGAGAAAUAUAAAUAUAGGGAAAGUGGACAGUAAAUUCAAGAGCACAGGGUUUGCAAUGUGAGAGAGCUUAAAGGGAUCCCAAUAUUCAUCUCGAAGUGAUACAAAAUGCUGGAGAAAUAGAAUCAAUAUAAAUAUGAU